UCUUUUACCCGGUUGAACACCUUUAACCCGGGGUAACCGUCCGUACCGACCCGCUCGGGCUCCCACGGCCUGGCUUGGUCCGGUUCGUCCCGGCUCUGCUGCGUGAAUGCAGCGAAUAAAGACAAAACGAGGCUGGUUUAUUAGCGCAGAUCAGAUCAGACGGGAGGAGGCUGAAGAACCUGCAGGGGGCGCUGCAGAGUGUGAAGAUGGCUAACGCCGUGGCUUCUUACGACCAGCUGGCCCACCAGGUGGAGGCACUCCGUAAGGAGAACUCCCACCUGAGGAGGGAGCUGGAGGACAACUCCAACCACCUGUCCAAACUGGAGACAGAGACCUCCGGCAUGAAGGAGGUGUUGAAGCAGCUGCAGAGUAAACUGGAGCAGGAGGCGGGAACACUGGCCUCAUCGGGGAGGAGCGACGUGCUGCACCAGCUCAAAGAGCUCCACAUGGACCUCACCAACUACUAUGAGCUCAAACACCAGCCUCACAACCUGAGGCUGCUGACGGACAACCUGGGAGGGGCGGGGCUAACAGGUGUCGGCGGGACGGGUGGGGUCGGAGGGGCGGAGAUCGACGACCGUCUGGCUCUGCCCCCGUCCUCCUGCUCCUCCUCAUCCUCAGCGGUGAGCAGGGCCAGGAGUCCACUAAGAGCCUCAUCCCGUCAGAGUGCAGCAUCUGGGGGGGAGGCCGCCGCCAUCAUGCUGCCGCAUCACUUCCUGGACGGAGCCCCGCCCAAAACAGCUGUGAUUAGUGGAGCAGAUGGACGACUGAGCGACCACCACCUGGAGAAGCUGUACAAGGAGAGGAACCUCCUGCUGGGGGAGAUCGACCAGGAGGAGAGGGAGCGCUGCUGGUACUUCAGUCAGCUGGACGAGCUGUCACAGAGACUGGCUCAGCUGCCUCGAAUCGACACGUUUUCUCUGCAGAUGGAUCUGAUCCGGCAGCAGCUGGAGUUCGAGGCUCAGCGGGUUCGAUCGGUGAUGAAGGAACGAUUCGGCACCAGUGAUGAGAUGGUUCAGAGGACACAGAUGCGUGUUGCUCGUCUGGAGCAGCUGGAGAAGGAGCUGCAGGAGUCCCGAGGGAGUCAGGAGAGUCAGCUACAGCUCUCUGGAGCUGAGAAGCCUCCUGCUGGAGAACCAGAGAACAACACGUCAUCGUCGUCAUCAGCUGCAGCAGCAGGAACAGAAGCUGCUGCAGAUGGAGGCAGCAAGGUGGAGAUGGUAUUCUGGCUGCUCUCCAUGCUCGCUAACAGAGAUAAGGAGGAGAUGUCCCGGACUCUGCUGGCCCUGUCCAGCUCUCAGGACAGCUGCAUCGCUAUGAGAAAGUCCGGCUGCGUCCCCCUGCUGGUCCAGAUCCUGCAUGAAGCUCCAGGUGGUGCGGGCGGUCCCGGAGAGACGGCGGCGAGUGGUGGGGGUGGUACGACGACCGGCUGCAGCCGAGAGGCCAAGUCCAGAGCCAGCGCAGCCCUCCACAACAUCAUCUACUCCCAGCAGGACGAGGGCCAGGCCCGGCGGGAGAUGAGGGUCCUGCACAUGCUGGAGCAGAUCCGGACCUACUGCGACAGCGGCUGGGACUGGAUCGAGAGCCACGCUGGGACCCCUUCACCCGGAGGAACCAAAACCACCGACAUCCCCGAACCUGUGGACCCUCAGAUCUGUCAGGCCAUGUGCGCCAUCAUGAAGCUCUCCUUUGAAGAGGAGUACAGACGUGCCAUGAACGAAUUAGGUGGUCUGCAGGUGGUGGCAGACCUCAUCCACCUGGACCAGGACAUGUACGGCAUGCAGAACGAUCCUAUCAACAUGGCGCUGCGGCGAUACGCAGGGAUGGCUCUGACUAACCUCACGUUUGGAGACGUUGUCAACAAGGCGACUCUCUGCUCCAAGAAGAGCUGCCUCCAGGCUCUGGUGGCCCAGCUGGCCUCAGACAGCGAGGAGCUCCACCAGGUGGUCUCCAGCAUCCUGAGGAAUCUGUCCUGGAGGGCCGACAUCAGCAGCAAGAGAGUCCUCAGAGACAUCGGCUGUGUGUCUGCGCUGAUGACCUGUGCCCUGCAGGCCACAAAGGAGUCCACCUUGAAGAGUCUGCUGAGCGCUCUGUGGAACAUGUCUGCUCACAGCAUCGACAACAAGGUGGCGAUCUGCUCGGUGGACGGCGCUCUGGGCUUCUUGGUGAGCACGCUGACAUACCGAUGUCAGACCAACUCACUCGCCAUCAUCGAGAGUGGAGGGGGGAUCCUCCGAAACGUGUCGAGUCUGGUCGCCACACGAGAAGACUACAGGCAAAUCCUCAGGGACCAUAACUGCCUCCAGACUCUGCUGCAGCACCUGCGCUCCCACAGCCUGACCAUAGUGAGCAACGCCUGCGGGACUCUCUGGAACCUUUCAGCCCGAAGUCCAAAAGACCAGGAGCUGCUGUGGGACCUCGGAGCCGUUAGCAUGCUGCGCAACCUUAUCCAUUCCAAGCACAAGAUGAUAGCCAUGGGCAGCGCCGCAGCUUUAAGGAACCUCCUUACCAACCGACCCCUGAAAUAUAAGGACGCUGCGGUUGUAUCCCCAGGCUCCUGCAUGCCCUCACUUUACAUGAGGAAACAGAAGGCUCUGGAAGCAGAGCUGGAUGCCAAACACCUAGCAGAGACCUUUGAUACGCUUGAGAAACAGAGCCCCAAGCACCUAACCCUCAACAAGCCACUACGACACAUUGAGAGUCUGGCGAAGGAUUACGCAUCUGAUUCUGGUUGUUUUGAUGAUGAUGAGGCCCCCAAUAUCUCCAGUAGCCUUGACACUGGUAGCUUCUCUAUGCUGUCCAUGUUCCUAACCAACUCCAACUUCCUGCAAAACCAGCCACGUAAGAGGGACAGUGAACCCGAGAGAGACAUAGAACCACAUCAGAUGGUUGAGAAGAGACUUGCACCUCCUGACGACAUGGUAUCUGCCGCUGCAGAGAAGCUAGCAAAAAAGAUCACCAACACGGUCGCCAAGAUUGACAGGUUAGUGGAAGACAUCACCAUGCACACGUCCUCAGAGGACAGUUUGAGCCUAAGCUCUGAGGAUCACCUGGCAGACUGGCCUUACGGACUAGAUGAACUCAAUGAAGCCCGGGCAAAGUCCUGCUCCCCCUGCCGUCUCUCUGAUACAAGCAGCCUGGCCCACAGAGAACGCCUCAGUAGAGCCCACGCCCUCCUGCGCCUCAAAACUGCCCACACAAGUGUAUCAACAGACAGCCUCAACAGUGGCAGCACCAGUGAUGGCUACUGUGGCAGCAAAGAUCAGAUGCGACCUGCUCCAAGAGCCCUAAUGAUACAACAACAACGACCCAACCAGCUUGAUCUCAAAGUGGCUCAUCAAGACUACCUAGGACCUACUGUCCUGAAUGACACUUUCCAGCAAGAUAUUCCAGAGAGGGAUUCUGUGGACAACAAAGACGUGAAAGCUCUAGAACUCUGCAACACAGAUGCAGAAAAGAACCAGGAUCAACCUGUACAAACACCUGUCAGUGCAUCCACUAAAGUUUCCUCUGAUGUCAGCAUGACUUCAAUUAAACUGUCUCCAUCUUAUCAACAGGUCCCCCUCAUUCAAAGUGUGGCCAAAUUUGGUGUAGCAAAGACAGGGAUCAAUGUCCAGGCUGCCCAAGCAAUGAGAAGGCAAGCAUGGGUACCUACUGUGAUGACUGGAGGGAGCAUUACAAAGUUUUCACCAAUGACAUCCACCAAAAGCCCAACCAUCGGGACAAUGGAGACGGUUCAGAAAUACUCUGUGGAGAACACUCCAAUCUGCUUCUCCCGCUGCAGUUCACUGUCUUCCCUCUCUUCUGGAGAUGGAGCGUUAGAUGGACAAAGUGAAAACGAGCUGGAGAGUGACUCAUCACUAGAAAUAAUUGAAGUGGAGGAUGGAGAAGUGGUGAAGAGAGCUGAAGAGGAUGAAACCUUGGAGGAUCUGAGCGACAGUCAGCUGCUGAUGACCGACUCAAAAACCUUCCCAAGCAAAGAGACGGAUCCCAUUGAAAUCCCCUGUCCUGCCAAAAGGGAAAAGGUGUUCCUUAGAGGAGCUUCACCAGCCAUACUCGAAGACAGAUCUCCAUCCAGUUCAUCUGAGAAUUACAUCCACGAGACACCCUUGGUAAUGAGUCGCUGUAGCUCAGUCAGUUCCCUGGGCAGCUUUGAGUCUCCAUCUAUUGCCAGUUCAAUCCAAAGUGAUCCAUGCAGUGAGAUGAUUGAUGGAACAAUAAGCCCCAGUGAUCUUCCCGACAGCCCAGGGCAAACCAUGCCUCCAAGCCGAAGUAAAACUCCAUGUUGCGUUGAGUCAAAUGGACCAGAAACGCAGACCACAGGAAUAGCAGGCCAGUGGGAAAGCAGCCUGCGAAAGUUCAUGGAGAUUGCGGACUCCAAGGAGAGGUUUAACCUUCCUCCUGAUCUGGACACAAUGAUCUACUUCACUGUGGAAAAGCCCACUGAGAACUUCUCUUGUGCUUCGAGCUUAAGUGCUCUGCCUCUUCAUGAACACUACAUACAGAAAGACGUCGAGCUGAAAUUGACCCCCCUGCUCCAGCAAAAUGACAAAAAUCUUCCUUUCCCUGAUGAGGAUGAGCAAGGACUUGACCAUGGAGAAAGAUACAGUGAAGGAAACUCAGACGAUGACAUAGAAAUCUUAAAGGAAUGCAUCAACUCAGCAAUGCCGUCCAAGUUCAGAAAAGUAAGACCUUCCCUGAUGACCACGAUCCCUCCUCAUAUUCUCAAUUCCCAGAUCCGAAAACCAAUACAUCUUCCUGUGUACAUGAUGCUCCCGAAUGGCAAAACCCAAAUGUGUCCUGGGAGGAGAAUUGUCAUCCCUCAAAAGGACCUCAAAUUUGAUGAUUCAUCCUUCACUGAUUCUGCAGAAGGUACACCUGUUAACUUCUCCAGCACAACAUCACUAAGUGACGAAACACUUCAGUAUCCAGUGAAAGAGAGAGGGGCUAAAGAAUGCACAGCUAAAGGCAUGAACAAACAGGAAUUGCUCGAUGAUGAGGCGAAGAGGAUUGAAGACUUGAGGAUAUUCUCACACUUCCACAAACCCAACAAGAUGAACUACCCACCUGAGAUACAAGUGAACCGCAUAACCAAACAUGUCAUUCCCACUCAGAGGGUGCUGAUGCAGAGCAAAGAGGUAGCUGACAGAGUGGCAAGCCAAAGAAAUCGUGAUCAGUCUCCUAACCAACAAAGGAAGAGGCAAGGUCAAGGCUCCGUCAGGAAACUGGAAUUGCCUGUCAUAAAGCAAAACACAGAAGGUAACCUUAAUGUGGGAUCACAAAAAGGACACACAAUCUUUCGACAAAUGACGCGUUCGUCAGAGGACAGUAAUAGUUUCUAUGAUGACGAAAAUGAAAAAGAUGAAGUAGUGAAGCAAACAAGUAGAAAACAGAUGAGGGAAGCAAGUAGAAAUACUCUCUCCCGGAGCAUGACAAAUAUUGGCAGGAUUGAUAAUUCCCAAGCAAAGCCCAGAGGGUUUAACAGGAUUAAACAGAAUCUGAUAAAGGAUGAAUCUCUGGCAUGUUACUCACUCAGCUCCUCUCUUAGUUCACUGAGUGAUGCUGAGUUUGAGGAUCAUAAAUCAAAAGCCCAGCAAAUAUGGUACAAAAACAGACACAACAAAACACUGAAAAUGAUGCAGCAAACAAAGCCGAUGACAAUUCACAGCCAAUACGAAGAGCAAAGCUCACCAAGCUCUGUCAGCAUGGAUUCAGAGGAUGACCUCCUUCAGAAAUGUAUAACAUCUGCUAUGCCCAAGCAGAGAAGGAAGCUUGCUGCCAGGAAGAAGAAAGCAGAAAAUACUCAGAAACAAAAACAAAAGGCCUGUGAUGAUUGGAACAUGGAUGAAGAAAUGGAUAGUGAUGAUAUGGCAUGGGAUAAAGAUUCAGACCUAAAUAGUGUUGAAUGGAGAGCCAUACAGGAGGGUGCCAAUUGUGUUGUCACUGGGCUGCAGGCAUCAAAGUCUCAAGAACCAUCCUCUGAAGAGACUGAGUCCGUCCUGUCAUUCAUGUCAACGUCCAGCUUUACACCCAAAGAAAGGAAGUUUGCUAAAGACAAAAAGGCAAAUAAACCUUUAGACUUUGCACAGCGCAAGCCAGUUCCAAACUUACCAGUGGUAUUCAGAGGCAGGACAGUGAUCUAUACACCGAAAAAAGAACCAGCUCCAUCGCAAAGGCCGCCUCCCAGAAAAGUACCAACCAAGACGGAUGCUCCAAAGAACCCAAAUCUUGCUCAGCACAGAUCAAAGAGCCUUCACAGAUUAGGCCACCCCCAGGACACAGAACUGUCUUUGCCAAAGAGGAGCUCUACUCCCCCUCCAAGGAUACCAAAAAGUUCAUCCUCUGGAUCGUCACAAAGCUCCACACCAUCCAAACAGUCACAGAAGAAGAUCACGUCACCAAGUCAGACUAAUAAAUCCAUCCAGAAAAAGAAUCCCACACCAGCUGGUAGCCCACCAGCCACCAGUCCCCCUGAGAGAAAGGGACGCUCUCCUGUUGUGAAUCAAAAUGAAAAAUCACCACCACCUAAAACUCAGAAGUCACCUGUCCGAAUCCCUUUUAUGCAAAAUUCAGGCAAGCAACCCAGGCCUCUGUCACCACUGGUAACUAACCACACAACCAACAGACAAACCAAUCAGGUCAAUGGGAAAAGGAUUCUACCAGCUAAUCGAUUUGACCUGGUCAGGAUGACUUCUGUCCACUCAAGUGGUGGUGAGUCUGAUCGCAAUGGAUUCUUGAGACAGCUGACUUUCAUUAAGGAAUCAAAGACUGUGCUGAGACGUGAUGGAUCUGCACGCAACAUGCCUGGAUCUCAGAAUGGAUCUCCCCGCAGAGCAGUUCCUGGAGCUUCAGCUGUCUUCCUUUGCUCAUCACGCUGUCAGGAACUUAAGGCAGCUGUGCAAACCCCAAGAAGGGUGCAAGUAAAAGGUCCAGGACAGGGACAGCAAGUCCAGAGGUCAGAUAGAGGCCUUCAGAAGCAGACUACAGCCCUCUCCAGAGCAACCUCCAGUGAAAGGGAUCUCUCUACAAGACGUCCAGCUAGGAGAACUAGCUCUGAAAGCCCCUGCAGGGUGGCUCAGAGAAACGGGGCUGGCAGAGUGUCUGGAGCCAGGCAGCAACAAGACAAAGAUACCUUUAAACGUCAUGCCUCAUCUCCAAGCAUAAACAUACUGAGCCGAGUGACCAGCCGUUCUUCCCUCCGCUCUUCGUCAUCUGAUUCAAGUGGAAGAGCAAAGAGCGAGGAUGACACAAAGAAGAAAGGGCAGAGAUCUGCAUCUCGGCUGAAUGACAGAGUCACCUGGAGGAGGAUCAGGGAUGAAGAUGUACCUCAGAUCUUGAAAAGCACUCUGCCAGCCAAUGCAUUACCUCUGGUGCCUUCUCCUGACGAGGAAAAGCCAAAGCCACCAGCUCUUCCUGGAAAACUGCCAACCAUUCUACUCGCAUCUCGCAAGACAAGUGACGCAACAGUCCAGACAGAGGAUUUUACGAACAAUAAGACCAACUCCAGCACCUCUCCAACAGUCGAAACAGCUCCAGUGAUCUCCGAGGAAGUGGCACGACUUGCCCUCUUCAGGAAGAUCAGUGCCACCUCUGGGAGUAACCUCCAGGAUGGUGAAUCAGAUGGUUCCCUGAGGACCCACAGCACCGUCUCCACAGGAACAUCAGACAGCCACAUGGGUGGAGUUGUCCAUUUCCGCCAAGGAUCCCCCAGCAGGGCCGUCCGAGUCACCCCAUUCAACUACAUCCCCAGCCCCAUGGCCUGCUGCCUGCAAGACACACAGAACCAAGCAGCCACAAUCAAUGAGAAGUCAGGGGGGAAAAGUGAGUCAUAGAACGUUUAGAGGAUUACUGGAUGACUCUACUGUGUUCUUGAAUGAAACUCGGCACUCAGGUGGACAAGCGAGAAGUGUGCUGGUCCCUAUACCUCGGGUAUUGGCCCUUUACUUUCCCCAUUCACUGCAUUCAAGUGUUUUCUCUCUGAACAGUUGAUCACAGCUUCCAUCUACCAUUCAUACAGGGUUGGAUGUAUGCAUUGAGACAGGUCUGACAUGAACAGACCAAUAACUUUUAGAUGCACUUCAGAGAAAAAUCUCACACGAAGAGGAAGUGCAUCUUUUUGUACUUUUUUGUAUUUGUAGAAUAACCAUUGCCUGGUAGAAAUGUAGUGGAAACAAAGCAAAAGACAAUGAACUUGAUUUCAGCACAUGAAUCACCAUCGGUCUCCAGGACAGAAUCGAUAAAAAGAACAAUAUUAUGCAAACUUUUGAAUGAAAACUCAGCUGGACUUUUACCUGGAAAAGGUACAAACUGUGGUGGACUGUUGACAGACUUUCACAAAGGACAUAAAUAUUCCAACAUGUAAAGUAUUUUUUACAUACAGUACAUCAAUGCUUUGGGCCUUUGCCUCACCACUCAACUGAACAUGAUACACUGUUAGCCUUCCCUGUUACAUACGGAGCCCAGCAAGGUUGGGGGUUCAUUUUUUGAUAAAACAUUCCUUCAAAUGAAUUAGCAUUAUCACUUUUAGUUCAUUUGUCCUCGUCUUCUCAGCACUUUCACUGUAGACCAUCUAGAUUUGAAACAGUUUCAUUUUGACAUUGGACUGAGGUACAUGGAUAUAACUCUAGGUUUUAGACAUUUAACAUAAUGUUGGGUUGUUGCUGAAACCCUUCAAUGUAUAUUACAGGAUAACAUGAUAAAAUCUUUGAUUAUAUGAUCAUCCAGAAUAAAACUUAAACUAUUACGGGGCGUCGUGUGGUGUAGUGGUCUAAGCAGGCGCUCCAUGUGUAGAGGCUACCGUCCUCUCUGCAGCUGGCCCCGGUUCGAGUCCCGCAUCGGACGGCCUUUACUGCAUGUCAUUCCCCCUCCCUGUCUCUCUACUCUACUGUCCUGUCCAAUAAAGGCAUAAAAAGCCCAAAAAAAUAUACUUAAAAUAUACUUAAAAAAAAAAAAAAAACUUAAACUACAAAAGUAGCUUCAAGGAGCUGGAGCUCUGUGAAGCUAUAGAUAAAUGCACAAGCAAGAAGGAAUUGAUUUAGUAAUUAAAAAGGCAAGAAUUAUAACUUGAGAGAAUUGGUUAAGUACAAACAAUUACUCACAGAUAGGAGUGGGCAAUAUGAAAUGAAGUUCCAUUACUUUUUUAUUUAAUUCUAUGUGACUGUUGUUGUAUAAUUCUUCAAAAAUCAAUUGAGGAUCUUUUACGAAUGUUUGUUUUUGGCUGAUUCAUCAAAUUAAAUAUCUAACAAAUGAUGUAUCAUUACACUUAUUAGCCUAAUACAAGCAGAAAUGUUAUUGGAAUACAUAGUAAAUAUAGUAGUAUCACCAAAACCUACUUGCAGGAAUGUAAUAAAUAUAGGUAGCACUCAAAUUAUGAAUAUGAGGGGAUGAUUUAUCAAAACUUUUCACUCUGUCACCUGCUGGACCCUGUUUCCACCACUGCUGCAGAAAAUAUGAUAGCAAAGACACCAUUUUCCAAACUAUCCGCUGAUUCUGGGUCACAUCACACUCUCCUGUACUUUGUGUCUUAAUCAGUAUUGUAAAUAACAUGCAGAUAUACAAAAUCUUCAAAGCUUCCUGGUGGGCAAAAGAAUCUUGGUGUUGCUCCCUGACAGCAUGCUAAUAUAUUCAUGGACUGUAUACACACAACUGUUAACAUUGUGGACACUGGAUGACAAUGAGAGCGUUCCUAGCCAUCUGUAUUAUUGUGCCGCCGAGACCUAUAAUGCUAUAAAGUGUCAGCAUAGAUGAACAAAGCGAUGACAUGCUGACAUGUUAAUUGAAUGCAAUGACAUUAUAUUUGUGUUUGCUACUAGAUUCAGGUACUGUUUGUUGUUUCCUGUCAGGAAAUGAAAAGACUAUCUGAUUGGAUGAUUCAUCAGGCAGGUGUGUGUCCUUACAGAAGUUACCCUCUGGAAGUCUUUAUAAACGUGUUAAUAUCUGCUUAACUGUGUUGCUGUAAAAGUAGUGAUAGGUCGAGAAGAAGUCGAAUAUUAAGACAAUGAAUAUUCUCUGUAGUUGUACCAUCACUCCUCCAUGUGUGCUUGAAGAUCAAAGGCAGCAGAGAGAUGGACAGAACUGACAUGAAUCUACACCGAGGGGCUGUUCAUUAGAAAAACAAGGUUUUCUAUUUACUACUACCACCCUAUUGUAUUUCCAAAGCAUGUUUUGAGUAUGAAUAAAACCCAAGUAGCUUUUGAAUGCAAACCUUUCAUGUCCCACUUUAAGAUAUUAAAGUGAUACUCCGACAUUAAUCCUCUGAGUAUCAAGCACUCUCCCAUUAUAUAUGAGCUCAAAUAAGGGUCAUUGUGGAAGUCUGAAAUUAUGGACUUUAAAGCCUGUGGUUGUUUAUCAUGCUUCACAAACCAAUAAGAGAAAUUCAAGUCUGAGAAUGUGUAAAAAGAUUUGUAGUUUCAGAAAAAAAACUGUCCAAAUGAAUUUUGUGCACAAAAUGAUAUCAACAGUGAGGUAACACACAUUUAACUACAAGAAUUUUAGCCUUAUUAUUGCUGUAGAUAUAAACCAAAAAACAUCAGCACUAAUAUAAUUUCUGCAGAUUUUUCUCAUAUUUUUUCAACCACAAAAAACCCUGAAACCCAAAAACAAAACUUAGAAUCAGAGAGAUCCACAGCAUGAAUAAUGAGUUAUUACAAUCCACACAAAAAGAUCUAAACUUCACUCUGUUCGUAGAUGAACUGGAGCUGCUCUGACCAGCUACAACGAUCAGUUAUUUAAUCAAUUAGUCAAGUGACAGGCAAUUAAUCUGCAACUGUUUUUAUUGUAAAAUAUUAUUGUUUUAGUCAUUCUUUUAUGCAGGAAGGUGAAAAGAAAUCAUCUCAAAUGUGAGGACUUGAUAUAAAAACUGAAAAUCUUUGAAUAAUCUUUGAUUUUGAGCUCUUAAAAACAAGACAUUUGAAUAUUCAAAAUUUUCUGGCAUUUUGUAGAUGAAACGAUUAAUCAAUAAAAAAUAAUCUGCAGAUUAAUCAAUCAACAUUAUCAAGAAUUGUCCCAAAGCUUGAGAAAAAUAAUUAAAUAUUAGAUUUUAUUUGUUGUCUUCAUUGCCCUGUUUUAACUGCAUUUUGUUUUACACAUUCACAAACCUGAGUGUUUAACAGGUUUACAACAUGUGAUAAGAAACCAGAGGCUGCAAAAGUUUUUCUGAACAUCGUUUCACAAACUUCAAACCUUUUUGUCCUUUACUGAAGCCCAUACCUGUAGUUUAAAGAGCAAAUUUCUAAACUUUGUAAUCAAGCAUUUAAUACUGGACAGUAGAGAAUCACUAACAGCCCCUACAUGGUUAAAGAAGCAAUGACGCCUGUGUGAAGGAGAUGAACGGGGAAUUCAACACCAUCAGAAGGUCCUGGGAGUUUGUCCACCAUGGCUGCUGGUGGCCUUGUUUAUACUGGGCUGGGGUCAGUUUCUGGACUAAACCAGGUCCAAACUGCUGCAGGUGGAUUUUAACAAUUUGACUUCACCUGCUCCAAGUCACAAUCUAAAUGUUUAAUUAUUAUGGUUAUUUAAUUAUGUGUGCACACACACACACACACACAGUUUAAAUCAGUUAUCAGGUCCCAGCCUUUCAUGUGUGAACAAGGCCACAGAGGUGUUAUGGUGUCAUGUGAAAUAGGCAAAGCAACAGAGAAAUGUCAUUAUAAGUGUUUUCAUCCAAUAAAAAGUGACGUGUUUCAUUAA